UAGACGGGAUCCUGCGCGCGCACCCCGAGCACGAGGCACCCAGAGCGGAGACCGCGCGGCCACCCCGAGCCACCGACAGCCCUUACCCAGCCUGCACCGCGCCCGAUCCCGCCAUCCAACACCAUGUCAUGGCAAGCCUACGUCGACAGCCUCAUGAGCGACAAGAACUGCCAGGACGCCGCCAUCGUGGGCUACCAGGGGACUCCCGGGGUGUGGGCGGCUCACCCGGGCGGCAGCCUCGGCAAGAUCACGCCAGCAGAGAUCAAGAGCAUAACAUCAGAUGACCGAUCUGGUCUGUUUGUUAACGGUGUGACGCUUGGUGGGAUGAAGUGUUCUGUCAUCCGGGACCAGUUUGGCGACCCAGACGUUCGUGUCAUGGAUUUAAAAACAAAGAACCCAGAUGGACCAUCAUAUGCUGUAGUUAUUGCCAAAGCCAUACAAGUUGUCGUCAUAUUAGUCGGGAUUGAAGGUGUCCACUGUGGGGCCCUGUAUCCUACAGCACAUGAGAUGGCCAAGUACCUAGCAUCAUUACAUUUCUGACUCCCCUCCUCCCCCUCCAUUACUACUGAUUCAGUCUCCUGUUCCAGCUGCCAACAUUGGACCAAUCCACUGAUUUCCCUCCCAUCUUUAUUUCCUUUUUUUAUCACCUGUUAUGUUUUUGCUGCCCUGGUCAUCGAAAUGAACAGAAUUUUUCAGGGAAAAACAAAUUUAUAUCUGAUUUAAGAAUAAAAAAGUAUGCUGUA